GUAACUGAAGUUACAAGCAUGCUUUCAUUGGACUUUAUACUGCAGUGUAAGUGCGGCCAGGCAGGUUUCUUCGGCGCACGUUAGACAUGGCUUGCAUGAGCCCAGCAAACCUGUCUGGCCACACAAGAUACCCGUGCAAAAAUAACAUAGUUAUUUAUAAGUAAAGACUCAUAAAAUUUUAUUAAUGGUGAAUAUAUGUGCAAUGAAACGAAAUUUUUUUGAUAGAAAGUACGAGAGAAGAACUUUACAUUUUACGGCUGAGUCUACUUCUUCUGAAGAGGAAAUUACUAAUAGUAGUUCUCAGUCCGACUGUAGCAAUACAGAUGAUAAUGUUAAUGAUGGUAGUUUUACCCAAGAGACAGAAGAAAUUGUAUCUAUAGUAUCUGAGGAAGAAAAUCAAAUUCUAGUAUCUGAGGAAGAAUCGAGUGCUUCCAUGUUUCAGUUCUUUAGUUCUAAUCCAUUUGAAUGUUCUUUAUUGGAUUCAAUUGUUAACAAAAAGUUUAUGUUUUUAACCUUGUUGUAUUUAAUGAUUAGCAAUUCAUUUAUUGAAAUCGCAUUUGAUAGAUUUUUGAAGACUUUGCUGAUUUUUCGCUGUAUAAAUGACAUGCCGUCAUCUCAUAAAAUGAUUCGUAGAUUUGUUACUAAAAAUAUAUUCUCCCAUACUGAACCAACGCAUAAAUAUUAUUGUCAUAAUUGCUGCACAGCUUUAGUUGACACGUGUAAAAUCAAUACUCAUUGUUCAUCCCAUAUCUUUAUAUUGGAUAUCAUUAGCCAAAUGAAACUUGUUUUAUUUUUGAAUUUGGAUGCAAUUAAAUCAUAUCAAUUGGAAAUUAUGUCAGGUAAAAGAAAGAGUGAUUUUAUUUCUAGACCAAAUUUUGUUGAAAAUAUGAAGUCUGCAAAUGUUUUACAUAUUCAUUUAUUGAUGUCAACAGAUGGUGGAGAACCAUACACAAAAAAAAAGAUUACAAUGUGGCCAUUUCAUGCUAUUAUUUUAGAUUUACCAUCUUAUAAACGAUUCCUAUUUGAAAAUACACUACUUCUUGGUUUAUGGUUCUCAUUAUUAAAACCUAAUUGGAAUGCUUAUUUAAAGGAGUACAUCAAUGGAAAACUGUUUGAAACACCCCAUGAAAUUAACAAUAUCCAAGUAGUAGUUUUUCAUAUUGUUGGUUUUGUUUUCGAUUUGCCUGCAGUGGCUUCAAUCAUCAAUCAUAAGCAGUAUAAUGGUGAAUUUGGAUGUCACUAUUGCGAACAUCCUGGUAGAACAAUUGAAAGAAAACAUGGUUCCGCUAGAAUUUAUUCACAUUCAGAUACAAAUUAUAAUCUUAAAACAUCUGAAAUGUAUGCCAUAUAUGCUAGAUUAGCCGAAAAAUCAAAAGUAUCUGUAUUUGGAAUUAAAGGCUCAAACAUCUUUAGUGACAUUUCAUUUAUUAAAGUGCCAGAUAUGAUACUUAUUGAUGGAACACAUGGUCAUCCACAACAGAUUGUACAAAAAUUUCUUGACUUCAAAACAGCUUCUUGUUUUUUGCAAACAACAGAUCAUCCUAAAAAAGUUGAAGUUUGUAAAGCAUUAAAUAUUGGCAUUAUUGAACAAGAAGAAUUGCAGUUGUUAAAUCCGGGCAGAUUGUUGAAACAUGGUAUUGUUUACCAUUCAAAAGGUUAUGGCAAACAUAACAGCUACACUUGUCAAUUUGGACAUAAUAAGUUUGGUAUCAUAUUAGAUUUUCCUUUAGUUGACAAUGUAAUACAUGUUCAGUUACAACUAUUGAAUGUGAAGUAUACAAAAGAUGUAUUAAUUUUGACACCAUUGAAAGAACUUUUCGAAUAUGCUUAG